UUACAAAUCACGAAAAUGCUAAAAUCAUAUUUUGUUAUACUCAUGAUCCUGGGAUGCGUCCCGAAGCUGCAUGGCAUCAGGUUCCAUCUGACACCGAAUGGACGAAAAUGUCUUAAGGAGGAUAUGCAAGCGAACCAAUUGGUAAUGGGCGAAUAUGAAGUCUCAGAUGUGCCCGGACAGAUCGUCAACUACGUUGUACGCGACAGCAAGGGUCAUAUAUUGUCCCAGAAGGAGCGGAUUACCAAAGGAAAGUUCAGCUUCACCGCCGAGGUGUAUGAAACUUACGAGAUCUGUUUCACUUCAAAAGGGGGCGCCAAUCAACCUGGAGCUAAUCAUGAAGUCUCACUAGUUACCAAAAAAGGCAUUGAAGCCAAACGCUCUGAUACCCUUGGGGAGGCAGUCAAAUUGAAGCCGAUCGAGGCGGAUCUAAAGCGUUUAGAAGUUCUUUCGGAUUCGGUUGUUCUUGACUUUGAGCUGAUGCGUAAACGAGAGGAGGAAAUGCGUGACACCAAUGAGAAGACUAACAGUCGUGUCUUAUUCUACAGCGUGUUCAGCAUUUGUUGUCUGCUUGGCUUGGCCACUUGGCAAGUUCUUUACCUUCGCCGAUUUUUCAAGAUUAAGAAGCUCAUCGAUUAGAGACGUUGGCACCCACAUAUGACAUAUAUGUGUAUCCUC